UGGGCGCGCGGCCGGGGCGGCGGGGGCCGGGCCCACCUGUUGGGCCGGGGGCGGCCGGGGCGCGGGGCGCGGGCCGUGCGCGCCUCGGGCCGGCGCCGGGGCGCCCUGCGGGGUCUGGGGCCCUGCCUGGCGGGAGCCCCCCGCGCGGAGCACGUGGCCGGGCCGGCGCGCGCCGCCGCGGGACUUCGGGGGCGUUGGGCUGUGGGUGGCCUGGGAGCUGGGCUCGGCGGCGUGGAGCAGGGGUCCUCCGGGGAGCGGGGGAUGGUGUCCCCGUGCCUCCCAAGCGCCCCGCCUGCAGCCGCGUGGGACUACGUCUACUUUGAGAACUCUUCCAGCAACCCCUACCUGAUCCGGAGGAUCGAGGAACUCAACAAGACGGCCAGUGGGAACGUGGAGGCCAAGGUGGUGUGCUUCUACCGCAGACGCGACAUCUCCAGCGCCCUCGUCGCCCUGGCGGAUAAGCAUGCCACCUUGUCUGUGUGCCACAAAGCUGGACCGGGGGCCGACAGCAGUGAGGAAGGGGAAGCAGAGGAAGAGGUGGAGAGCCCGGAGCUGGAGGAGGAGCUGCCAGACAGGCUCAGGCACCAGCUGCGACACCGUGAGCUCUUCUUGUCCCGGCAGCUGGAGUCUUUGCCCGCCACCCACAUCAGGGGCAAGUGCAGUGUGACUCUGCUCAAUGAGACCGAGUCCCUCAAAUCCUACUUGGAGCGGGAGGAUUUCUUCUUCUACUCACUUGUCUACGACCCACAGCAGAAGACCCUCCUGGCAGACAAGGGGGAGAUCCGGGUGGGCAACCGGUACCAGGCUGACAUCACUGACUUGUUGAAGGAAGGCGAGGAGGACGGUCGUGACCAGUCCAAGCUGGAGACAAAGGUGUGGGAGGCCCACAACCCGCUCAUAGACAAGCAGAUCGACCAGUUCCUGGUGGUGGCGCGCUCCGUGGGCACUUUUGCACGUGCCCUGGACUGCAGCAGCUCCGUACGCCAGCCCAGCCUGCAUAUGAGUGCCGCGGCCGCUUCCCGAGACAUCACCCUGUUCCAUGCCAUGGACACACUGCACAAAAACAUCUACGACAUCUCCAAGGCCAUCUCGGCCCUGGUGCCGCAGGGUGGGCCGGUGCUGUGCCGGGAUGAGAUGGAGGAGUGGUCAGCAUCCGAGGCCAACCUCUUCGAGGAGGCUCUGGAAAAGUAUGGGAAGGACUUCACGGACAUCCAGCAGGACUUCCUGCCGUGGAAGUCGCUGACAAGCAUCAUCGAGUACUACUACAUGUGGAAGACCACCGACAGAUAUGUGCAGCAGAAACGUUUGAAAGCUGCUGAGGCUGAGAGCAAGUUGAAGCAAGUCUACAUCCCCAACUACAACAAGCCAAGUCCAAACCAGAUCAGCGUGAAUAACAUCAAGGCCAGUGUGGUGAACGGUACAGGCGCGCCGGGCCAGAGCCCUGGGGCCGGCCGGGCCUGCGAGAGCUGUUACACCGCACAGUCUUACCAGUGGUAUUCUUGGGGUCCCCCUCACAUGCAGUGUCGCCUCUGCGCAUCUUGUUGGACGUAUUGGAAGAAAUAUGGUGGCUUGAAAAUGCCAACUCGGUUAGACGGAGAACGGCCAGGACCAAACCGCAGCCACACGAGUCCCCAUGGCAUCCCAGCCCGGAGCAGCGGGAGCCCCAAGUUUGCCAUGAAGACAAGGCAGGCCUUUUACCUGCAUACCACCAAGCUGACCCGGAUUGCCCGGCGCCUGUGCCGUGAGAUCUUGCGCCCCUGGCACGCCGCGCGGCACCCCUACAUGCCCAUCAACAGCGCAGCCAUCAAAGCCGAGUGCACUGCCCGGCUGCCGGAGGCAUCCCAGAGCCCGCUGGUACUGAAGCAGGCUGUGCGAAAGCCCCUGGAAGCCGUGCUCCGGUACCUGGAGACCCACCCGCGCCCCCCGAAGCCCGAGCCCGUGAGGAGCACUUCCAGCGUGCUGUGCAGCCUGACGCCCGCCAAGGCAGCCCCUGUCAUCAACAACGGCUCGCCCACCAUCCUGGGCAAGCGGAGCUAUGAGCAGCACAACGGGGUGGACGGCCACAUGAAGAAGCGCCUCUUGAUGCCCAGUAGGGGUCUGGCAAACCACGGACAGCCCCGGCAUAUGGGACCAAGCCGGAACCUCCUACUCAACGGGAAGUCCUAUCCCACCAAAGUGCGCCUCAUUCGGGGGGGCUCACUGCCACCUGUGAAGCGGCGGCGGAUGAACUGGAUCGACGCCCCCGACGACGUGUUCUACAUGGCCACCGAGGAGACCAGGAAGAUCCGCAAGCUGCUCUCCUCCUCGGAGACCAAGCGUGCUGCCCGCCGGCCCUACAAGCCCAUUGCCCUGCGCCCGAGCCAGGCCUUGCCGCUGCGGCCUGCGCCCGUGCCCGCGCCCGUCAACGAUGAGCCCAUCGUCAUUGAGGACUAGCGGCCGUGCCCUCGCCGCCUGGCGCCGGCCAAGCGCCCUCAGAUUGCCAGUGCCCCACUCCCACCCUCCCCUGCAAACGCCGCUGCUCCGGGGCCGCUGGGCGGCGGCGACAGUUUAACUUAUUCCCAGAAAGCCGUUGUUUUAGCGUUGUGUUGACUUCUGGCUGGAGCGGAGCUGAGGGUCGGGCCCUGCACGAGGCGCCCCCGCUUUAGGCUGGGCCCUGCGCUUCUGUUGUGUUCUGUUGAAGGUGCCAUUUUAAAUUUUAUUUUUAUUACUUUUUUUGUAGAUGAACUUGAGCUCUGUAACUUACACCCGGAAUGUUAGAUCGGUGCGGCUGGUGGCGGCCGGCCGAGCUGCCUGUUGGGGUCGGCCCCUUGUCUUUUCAAGUAAUUUUCAUAUUAAACAAAAACAAAGAAAAAAAAGCUCAUAAAAAGAAAAAAACCCAACCUGCCCUUGACU